AACAGAAUGAAAUGAAAUAUGUUUAGUUGGAGUAUUGAUGUAUGAGAACAGCAGUCACAUAAACACACAGAAAUGACUGAAGUUUUGUUCAAUAGCUGUCGAGGACCCGUUAGCUGAGCUUUCUGUGGGAGAGCUGAUCGAGAGAGCCAACACUAACAUCUAUCGCGACUCUGAUGAACCUACGCUGGUUGAAGGAGACAUUGCUGUGUCUGAUGACAAUGCGAGAAACGCUGAUCCCUGCACAUCUAGAGGCUGCAUGUGGCCAAAGUCUAGUGACGGAAAAGUCUACGUGCCCUAUGUCAUCCUCAACCAAUACUCGAGUAGUGAGCUUCAGGUUAUUCAGCGUGGUCUGGACUCCUUCUCCUCCUUCUCCUGCAUCCGCUUCGUACCACGUUCUAACCAGAGGGACUACGUCAGCAUCGAGUCUCGCAAUGGAUGCUACUCCUAUGUUGGACGCAUUGGUAACGCACAGACGGUGUCUCUGGCCCGCAGUGGCUGUGUCUACCACAAGACCGUCCAGCACGAGCUUCUUCAUGCCCUGGGCUUCAACCACGAGCAAACCCGCAGUGACCGUGACAGCUACAUCCGUGUCGGCUGGGAGAACAUUCAGAGUGGCAUGGAGCACAACUUCAACAAGAUUGCCACCCUGAACCAGGGAACUCCCUAUGACUACAACUCUGUCAUGCAGUACCACAGAACUGCUUUCUCUAAGAAUGGCCUGCCCACCAUGAUCCCCAUCCCGGACCCCAAUGUGUCCUUCGGCCAGGCCUCUCAGAUGAGCCAAAAUGACAUUACCAGGCUUAACAGACUCUACAGCUGUUAGACUGUGGAGCGCUGCAGGAGUCCAUUUCCUGGUUUUUCCUCUUGAAGGAUAUAACAGAUGUCUAUAAUCAAUUAAUAAUAAUAAAAUCAAUGACUUCACAUCACAAA